AUGUGGAACGCCAACGAGGAGUUUGACCGACACUUGAGAUAUUUCACUUCGGCCAUCGGACCGGUCGUGGAGGAAGCCUUUUUCAUCAAUGAGGCUCUCAACGACAUGAAAGGAUACUUGGGCAUCUGGGCCAAGGAGAGCCAGAUGCAGCCUGCGGGAACUAUCUUGGACAUCUGGCCGCCAGCAGAUUUGGAGGUGAAGGGCAAAAUCAACCAGGUCGUCGACUACAGCCCAGGCAGCAAGAUCAGCGAGCAGGGCUACAGCAUCUACGACUUCAUCAAGCCUCGUGGGGAAGACAAAGGCUACGCGCAGCAGCUGGCCCAUGGAGAGGACAAUAUCAUGCUCGUUGCCAUGCUCGAGUAUAUUCGUGGAAUCUCUGUGCGCAGCGGACAGAACACCAAGGUUUUAGUUGCUACCUUCAUCCGGUCAGACAUUCCAGCUGCCGACCUGAACUGUGAAGGGGCGAGGGCCUCCCUAGAGUUUGCACAAGAUCUCUCCGAAAUGGUGGGCUGGAGCAGAGGACUUCCCGGCGUGCUGCCGCAUUUUCACAACCGCUGA